GCAGUGUCGCUGUCCGAUCACCUCGACUUCACUGUCUCGCUCUCACACACUCACUCACACACACACACACACACACACUCACACGCACAGAGGUAGCUCCUCCAUACCGAAACCUCUACUCUUCAGUGCGCACAUAAAUAUGACCGCGCUUCACCAUCCGUCCGGAUUAACGCCCGUGUAAGCGUUCCUCUGCCGCACGCGCCCUCCAAGCCGCUAACCGUUCAUCCGUCUUUCCCUCGUGGUUAUGGGGUCCGUCAUGGCGUCUGCGUCUUAACCGGUGUGUAACGCGGAUACCGGGUGGAUCUAUGUUCCUCGGAGAAGAAGAAAGGUCGAAGGGAAAUUAGCGGAAGUUUGAGAUCGGGAAAGAGGAUGCGGGCUGCGUGCUGGUGCGCCGUCUUUCUCCUCACACCGGCGCUGUGUCUGGUUUCAAGUGUUCAUGGUUCCAUCCCAGGGAAGUCAGAGCUACUUAAGUCAGGGAGCCCCAAAUCAACAUUAAAGCACAUAUGGACAGAAAGCACCAAGGACUUGUCCAUCAGUCGUCUGCUGUCACAGACUCUGAAUGGGAAGGAGAACGCCACUGCCCUGGAUCUUCGCUAUGAAACGCCAGAGCCCUAUUCAGAAUGGGACUUAUGGGACUGGCUGAGGAAUGCCACCGACCUCCAGGACUCGAGGCCCAGGGCCAAAAGGCGGCCCAUGGUCAAGACAGGAAAAUUCAAGAAGAUGUUUGGCUGGGGAGACUUCCACUCCAACAUCAAGACAGUCAAGCUUAACCUACUCAUCACCGGCAAGAUUGUCGACCAUGGCAAUGGUACCUUCAGUGUUUAUUUCCGCCACAACUCAACAGGCCAGGGCAAUGUAUCUGUUAGUCUAGUGCCGCCGACCAAGAUUGUGGAGUUUGAUGUGACAGCGCAGCAGUCAGUCAUUGAUGCCAAGGACUCCAAGUCCUUCAACUGCCGCAUUGAGUAUGAGAAAGUUGAAAAGGGCUCCAAGAACACGCUGUGCAACUAUGACCCGUCCAAGACGUGCUUCCAGGAGCAGACGCAGAGCCAUGUCUCCUGGCUCUGCUCAAAGCCUUUCAAAGUCAUCUGCAUCUACAUCUCCUUCUACAGCACCGACUACAAGCUGGUUCAGAAAGUCUGCCCGGACUAUAAUUACCACAGCGACACUCCCUAUUUCCCCUCAGGCUGAUGGAUGCCACUGAUGCAAAGGACACAGGCAAAGAUGGGACUCUCUCUACCCAAACACCGACCACAACAAAUAUGUGUUUCUUGUACCUUCAAAACAUGUGACCCAGAACUAAAUAAAUAUUUCAGAUGAAUAUUUUUUUUUUUUUGGCAAACAUACUUUACAACUGUAAUUCUGAUGGUUUAAAGUGUCAGUCUGGUUUACAAUUUAGAAUAGUUUAUUUGUAAUGUUAUUGUUUUAGUUGGUUUUAUUAAUGAAAAUGUUGAAUAGAUACAAUGUCAGGGUAUUAAAUUUGUAGGGGUAGUAAAUUCUGCCAAUUGCUAAUUGCUAACUGUUUGUUUGUUUGUUUGGUUAUUUAUUUAUUUAUUUAGCAUAUAAAAUUAAAAUAUUCAUCCCUUGUUCAAUUUUUAUUUCUAGAAAUUCCCAUACAAAUGUUCAUUUCUAAAUGUUCAAGAUUAUUUUCUUUCUUUUUUUCUGAAAUCCCUAAACAAUGUGUUACCAUUAAGACAGUAAAUUUUACCAACAGUUCAUCAGAACAGAUACGCAGAAGAACAAUUUAAAGUGAAUUCUUUAUACAGAAUCAAACAGAACUUUCCCUCCUCCAUCCGUCUGCAUAAGUGCAUAAGAUACAAGAGAAUCCCUGAACUUUGGUGAAUACUGUCUCAAGAUCUAAGAAUGACCCCAAAAUCAUUCAUGGAAUGUUUAUGGAGAAAAUAAUGGCUUUCUUUGGAGAUGGCUUGACAUGGGGCAUGUUUUCUAUGUUAAAAUAAAAGAAGCAGAAAUGUGAGAGCCUGAUUAACAACAGUUGUUCCUAAGCCUUUGUCCUAUUACUGUAAUAAUCCUGGAUGAAUCAGCCCACACUGUCUCCUGUAGUGUCGAUAUGAUCCAGCCAUGGUUGGACAGCUCGCUCAUUGCCAUUAUAAUACACAGUAAUGUAUUGAAUUCUAUAUCUUAGAGCUUAAUUUGUAUGAAUGGUUUGUACUGUACAUAGUCAAUCCCGACGGAGCCGCUUCUGUAUAUGCUCUCAUCUACUACCUGAUCCUCCUGUCUUCAUCCUUUCCCCAUUUCUCUCUAUGCCACGUCCCAUAUCUGUUCCUGGUUUCUCGGGCAAAGAAAAUGAUGUUGCUGAUGUAAAUGUAAAUUUCAUGCUCUUGUACAGCAGCUGUAAAAGCUGUCUAAAAAUAUAUUAGUACUUACCAUCUGUAUGAUCAUGGUUACUUUCAGGGCAAACUGGGGGUGGAGAUGUGUAAAUAUGAAUAAAAUACUGAAAGUUU